AUGAGAAAGCCUUGUUGUGACAAAGAAAACAUCAAUAAAGGUGCUUGGUCUAAGCAAGAAGAUCAAAAGCUUAUUGAUUAUAUACAAGUUCAUGGUGAAGGAUGUUGGGGAUCCAUUCCUAAAGCUGCUGGGUUGUAUCGUUGUGGCAAAAGUUGUAGACUAAGAUGGUUAAACUACUUACGACCAGAUAUCAAACGUGGAAUCUUUGAUCAAGAUGAAGAAGAUCUCGUCAUUAAACUACAUGCCCUCCUUGGCAAUCGGUGGGCACUCAUUGCUGGAAGAUUGCCAGGACGUACAGAUAAUGAGGUGAAGAACUAUUGGAAUUCUCAUAUUCGUAGAAAGCUCAUAAAAAUGGGAAUUGAUCCAAAUAAUCACAAGCUACACAAAGGCUUACCUAGUAUUAAUCCUCAUGUUUCUAAUGCUGGCACAUCAUCAAUAUGUGACGAGGCCAUGAACAAAGAUAUCAAUAAUAAUAGUAAUAAUAAACUCUCCUUCAACAAAUCGUUUGAUGCUAUGAGAAAGAUAGAAGCAUCGAAAAAUAAUUCUUCGUCCUCUUUGAAUCUUGACUUAACCAUUGCUUUACCUUCAAAGGAUUGUGAGUCUCAGAGGACUAGAGAUAUGGAUACGGAUACAGAUAUUGAUCUUAAUUGUUAAUAUGUAUACACUUCACGGUGUUUUGUAUGAGAAUAUAUAGUACUAGUGUGUAACUAUUAAGCAAGAAAAAUAAAGAGUUACAUGGCAGGAUUUGAUUCUAGAAAAAUUGAUUAGUUGGUUAAUCAAUUAAUUGGGCUUCUGUAACGAAAUUUGAGGUGUGCGAGAGAUUUUUAUUUUCUCCAAGUUAAGGUCUCAAUGCAAGAG